AUGGAUAAAGAUAAAGGAAGUUCACGAAAAAGAUACAGACUAGCAAGUGAUAUCUCUGAGUCUGAAUCAAAAAAAGAGAUUGAAAUAACAACUAUUACAGUAACAGAUACUUUCAACUCACAAAUUUUAUCUAUUACGUGUCCAAAAAUAAAUCAAGACAAUAUAACUAUUAUAACAGCAGAUACUUCUAAUUCACAAAUUUCAACUAUUACGCAUCCCAAAUCCAACCGAAAUAAUGUAUUAAGAACUAAAGUCAAACCACAGCAAUUUUCUAAAGUAUGGGAUUACUUUAUUAAAGGAGUGGAAAGAAGUAAUGGAUAUUAUGAAGCUAAAUGCAAUUAUUAUGAAAAAAACUGGGCAAGAGGAAAACCAGUAAAGUUAGAGGCACAUUUAGCUAAUGAAUAUGCUAGUUCUCCAGAUGAUAUAUCACGAUAUUGGCAAGAUAAAGUAGCUAAAAGAGAUCCAAAUUACCAUCGAAUGUCAAAGAAAUCUGUUUUGCCAACUUCAGCAUCACAAAUAAUAAUAAUAUCUCAUUAUAUCUCUGACCGCCCAUUGUCAAAUACAACUAUUAAUUGA